CGUACCAAGAGCGAGGAUCAGCGACGAGACUAGAGAGCCAGAGGUUGUCGUAUCAGCCGAAACGAGCUCACACUCUCUACCUCUUCUGUCUGUACUACGUAAAGAAACCUCUAAACAGGAGGGGGGGCUUCGGUUUGCCAUGAACAGGCUGGUGAGGUUCGGGGCGGAGGCAUUGAAGCCGCAAAGGGUCGCCGGGGCACACAAGUGGCAGACGCCGCGGGUGUCGAGACGAAAGGCGAACGUGCUGCGCAAGAAGGCCAUCAGGGACGGGUCAUUCGGCUCGGUAGUCAUGGAUGCAGACACUGGGAAAGCGAUUGGCGGGUGGGAUCCGGCGUGGGAUAUCUUCGAAGCGCCCGCUCCUCGACCGUUGAGGCCACCAAAGCUACACAAGAACCAGCGGGACAGAGCGCAGCGCGCCGAAAAGAUCACGGCCAAGCUUGGAGAGCAGGAGGCCCGGCUCAAGGAUCUCAACCGAGUAAAGGCGGUCCCGAAGCCCAAGCCAGAAGACGGGACCCUUGCCCUUCUCAGAUGGCUGAAGACUAGCGGGGCUGCAAAGAAAAGAUAACAACAGCAGUUGCACGCACAGGGAGUGCCUAGUCGAUAAAAAGGUCACGAAUAUCCAGGGGGGGAGGGGGGGGUGGUUACCCUUUGUGAAAAUGUUGGAGCCGACAGCGGUCAUCAGGCGUGCUGUCCUUUUCGCGGUCCCACUGAGAGAAGUGAUGGUAGAAGGGGAAGGACUGAGACACUUUUCGGCGGGUCAAAAGAAGUUUCCGGUUGAACCGCCAAGGAGCAAGCUACUUUGAUGGUUGUGGUAAUUCGUUGGUCGAGGAGGGUCGUGACGCGUUACACGCUACUGAUAGGUUACAAGAAUUUGAGCGAUCCAUGUGUUUAGAAAAAGCUUUCAUUGUGUGCGAGACCAGGAGAAUUGAAUGCCACCGGGAG